AUGGCGAACAAUGAUACUCAAGGUGAUUAUGCAUUGUCAUUUAACAAACUUCGAUUGUAUGCGGAGGUAGCGAAGGAGAAAAAUCCCGGUAGUGUUGUGGACGUUGAAUGCUGUGAAGAUAAUCGGUUUCGAAGGUUAUUGGUGGCAUUCGAUGCAUGCAUCAAAGGAUUCAACUACUGUCGGCCUUUUUUGUGUCUUGAUGGUACUUUUUUGACAGGGAGAUAUAAGGGAACUGUGCUCGCAGCCGUUGGGAAGGAUGCUGAUAACGGCUUGUUUCCGGUUGCUUAUGGUGUUGUUGAUUCCGAGACCGACGAUAAUUGGCUUUGGUUUUUGUUGAAGUUGAGAUCUAUUCUGUCAGCUCGUGAACUUACUUUCAUAACAAAUCGCCAUACUGGUCUUGUGAAGCAUGUGCCAGAGGUUUUCUCAAACGGAUAUCAUUCUUAUUGUCUGCAGCAUUUGAAGAAUAACUUGAGGGAUAGGAUGUCAGGAAGAGCACCUAAUGGUUUCCGGGAACGAGUAGUGAGUCUCUUCAAUGAUUGUGCUCUUGCACCUACAGUAUUAGAUUUUAAAAACUGUGUAAACGAAUUGUUUGAGGUCGGUGGAGACAGAGCUAAGGAGUUUGUUGCUUCCAUUCCAGUGUAUAAUUGGGCAAAUGCAUAUUUCCCAAGUAAACGAUAUGGGGAAAUGACCUCAAAUGCUGUGGAGUCUUUCAACAACUGGAUUGUUGAAGCUCGUAAGUUGCCAGUCCUUAAAUGUGUUGAUACGAUCAGGGUUCAAAUCAUGACUCAAAUGUGUGAAAGGAAACAGUUAUCAAGAAAAUUGAACAGUGUUUUGUGUCCUGAAUAUGAUGCAAAAUUGAGAGAGUUCUUUAAUAAAGGACGGACAUGGACUGUGUUUGGAUCAAGUGAUGAGGUUUUUGAAGUGUCUUCAUUACCAGCUGUUGUGGUUGACAUAAGAAACAGGACAUGCACAUGUUGUCGUUGGCAGCUUUAUGGUUUCCCUUGUGUGCAUGCAUUCACAGCUCUUCAGAAGAAUGACAUAGAUGUAUCCAAUUAUAUUGAUCCAUUAUACACUGCUGAUGCUUUCCGAUUCUGCUACGAUUGUCCUAUACAUCCUGUUCCUAUUUCUACUCUUGGAGUUGCACCAGUGUCUGAAAAUUCUGCUGUUAUUCUUCCUCUUAUUCUUCCUCCUAAGACUAGGAGGCCACGUGGUAGACCCAAGGUUGCAAGAAUCCGGUCAAGGGGUGAGAAGAUUUUAUUGGCUGAGAUAUCAUUAUCUCUAACUUUAUUCUGGUAG